CUGUAGAUUUAUUCACUUACUAAAGACUGUCUCAGAGAAAAACUUCAAGAUAAUACUUCCUUUUUUGGAAGAAGAAAACACUUGCAAGAAAACACACAAGAUCCGAUCAGCAAAAUGGACUUUGAAGACGAAGAAGAAGUGGUGACCCCACACUAUACUCGCAAGUUUAGGAUGCCAAGCGACCCCACGCUUUUGGCCGAAUACGAGCUGUUUAAGCCCACCGCGGCCACCUUGAAUCUGCACAGCGAACACAACCGCGAGAUUUUCGCGGAGGCUUUCAUCGAAGGUGGAUUGGAUACCCUGGAGCACCUGUGCGUGAAAAGCUUGGCCAAGUUGGGCACUCGCGGCAUAUCUCCAAUGCUGGUGGAGAAUCCGGAGCUAAUGCGAGUGUUUUACGACGCCCUCGACGUGGAGUUGCCUCUAAGGGAGUGUUAUGUGAUUGAAGACCAGCGUUUUUGGCGUCGUGUGGUUCUCAGCAAGACGCUGGACAAGACGCUGCACCUGAAGCAUUGGAACGAGUUCGACUGGAAAUCGGAGGGCGUGAGUCGGAAGUUCGUGGAGCUUGUGGAGGUCUGUCCAGUGAACAUACAACCGGAGAUGAAGCUCGCCCGGCUAGCGGGCAAGGUAUGGGAAUAUGUGAACUCUAUGCACGUGCGGAAGCUGCAGGCACUUCCCGAUUUCAAGUUCGCCAAGUAUCUGGACAGCGAUGUCGAUCAGGACAUAACUUCUUCCUCGUCCGAUGAGGAGUCGAUCUCCAGCGACGAACCGGAUACUGACCUGGGAUUGGAUGAGGAGGAGGGUGACGAGGGGGAUAGCGUUACUAAGGUGCCUGAGAUACAAUUCUGGCGGAUGGGCAGCGCAAAUGACGAAAGCAAUGACCGUCGUGCUGAGCGACGGAAAAGAAAUGCUGCCCGUCAGGAAGCCCGAGAUCAAAUUGCCCAAAGGCGACUGGAGCAUUUGGAGCGACGACAGAAACUCUUGGAUGCCCGACAGGCUUUAGCCAAUCCCCCACCGAAACCAAAAAAGAAAAAGAAGAAAAAGUCACCACCCAUACAGGAUGUGUUCAAUAUUCCAGUGGAGGCUGAGCCCGAGGACGACGAGGACACAAAGCCGGAUCACCGAAACAAGACGCUGCUGUUGGACAGGAUCAAGCGAUAUAAUUAUCCCGACGAGCACUGUCACCACAUCGACUUGGGUAUUGUGAGGAUCUUUAGGAAUUUGGUGUCCUUCACCUUGGAGUUUUUGGGACCCCCAGAUGUUCAUAAUUAUCAUAAACGCCUCAUAAAGUUUUCAUAUGGCGACAUGGUGCGCCUGGGUCGGGGACUGCGCUGCCUGUCCUGCCUCAAAACCUUCAGGCUUCGGAAUUCUCGUCUCAAUGCUCGGAAACUACGAAUCCUGGCCCGCAGCCUGCGAGCAAUGGAGUCUGUGGAGGAGUUGGACUUCGGCUAUGAUCUGAUGCCAGACGACUGCCACGAGGCACUGCGAUACCUGUUGGAUCGACCUGUUAUGUUCCGCAUGCUCCAGCUGGAGUACAACAGGCUCGGCAGUAACACAGCGGCGGUGUUGAGCAAGGCCAUGACACAGGAGAACCAGGACGGUGUGUUGGAAUAUCUCGGCUUGGCCCACAACCCCCUGAACGAGGCAGCUUUGCACACGCUCUUCCAGGGCAUUAUCGGUACACCGCACGUGCUGGCCCUGAACAUUUCUGGGAUCGACGGAGGCAAGGGCGUGGGCGCCUUGGGCCGAGAAAUCGGAUAUUUUCUGCGAAAUCAUGCGCCGCUCUUAAGUCUGGAAAUGGCAUCAAUCAACAUCGGUGUCUCUCAGGGAUAUCUGCUUUUGAGAAGCUUGGAGACAAAUCAGAGGGUAUUAUAUGUGGAUUGCCGGGAAUGCGAAUUGGAUAACGAUCAGGAGUUUGAGGCCGACAUUAUAGUGCGUCGCAACAACUACAUAUUCAAGAACAUGCAUCAUGGGGAGAACCUGUGCGCCGUCGUGAAGGAUCGACGUCAUCCUAUUGUCCAACGGAUCGAGGACUACGAUUCUGCCAGAAAGGAGUGCGUUCUGAAACGACCGCCUCCAUUGCCUCCCACUGAAGAAGCUGCGCCGGUUGUGGUCGAGGAGAAGAAGGAGGAGGAGGAGCGCGACAUCUGGGCCAUUCUUGGGAUAGUAACCAAGCCGAAAGCGUCUGUGAUGGCAGUGGAGGAGCGGAAGACCGAACGCUUUUCAUCCAUCAGGCUGGCGCCGUUCGAAUACAACCCCAACUCCUUCAAUCUUGACCAGUUUCGAGAGUCUGUUUAUUUGCCAGGUCCUGGAAAUCGAUUUUUCUACCUGCAGAAGAACAAAAUGCCCUAAUUCCUACUGUCUUUGCUAUCAGUCCUCGGAAUAAUUGUCUAACAUUGUACACUGACUAUAUUUCGGAGCAUUAAAGACGCCACUUAGCCGGCAGCCGAGUCUGUA